AUGGGGCGGAGUGGAAUGCGAUGGUGCUGGCCAUGUUGUAGGUUUGGCCCUCGUCAAAGAAAGCAUCUCUGUCGGAAUGGGUGGCUCUCUAACCUAUCAAACCUCGUUUAUCUAGACUUAUCGAAAAACUCCCUCACUGGUUCACUUCCUUCUUUUCAUGUGUGCAGCAAACUCGAAAGCAUAGACCUUCUCGAUAAUUAUCUAACGGGAUCACUUUCUCACUUGGACUUUGGAAGUCUUACAAACCUCUCUGAUUUAAUAUUAGACCAAAACUUAUUCAGUGGUAGCAUUCCUCACCAUAUCUUUCUCCUGCCUUCUCUGAGUUAUCUUAGUCUCGCUUACAACGAAUUUAGUGGAGAAAUCGAAGAAUUUCCCGUUGUAAACGAUCUUCGUGAACUAGAUUUGAGCAAUAAUAGGAUGAAAGGUCCUCUUCCUAGCUCCUUCUUCCGGUUUCAAAACAUUUCCGUUCUCUCACUUUCUGAAAACUCGUUCGAUGGUGCUUUUCAACUGCGAAAGAUUCAAAGUCUUUCAAAGCUUAAGGUGUUGGACCUAUCUAACAACAACUUGUCAAUCAACACAACCAUCUCAAGCUCAAAUUCUGAUGGAUUUCCCCAGUUUAGUAUGUUGCAUUUGGCAUCUUGCAAUAUAUACGAGUUUCCGUAUCUCGGAGAACAAUCCUCUUUGGUGACGUUGGACCUCUCGAACAAUCACAUUGGAGGUGACAUUCCUAGUUGGAUUUGGGAAGCUGGAAAGGACUAUUUGAACCUUUCUUUUAAUCUUCUGACCGGUCUAGAAAAGCCUCGCUUUGUUGCACACGUUACUUACCUAGACUUGCAGUCGAACAAGUUGUUGCAUUCUACGCUGCUUUCCUCGAUUCUAACCUCUCCAAAUGUUAGUGAUUCUGUUAUCUUGCUUGCAAACAAUCAACUAACCGGAGUGAUUCCAACCUCCAUCUGCAACUGCAAUGCAUCUUCACUCAGUGUUCUCGAUUUGUCUUUCAAUAACUUGAGUGGUAGCAUACCUCCUUGCCUAAUCGAAAAAGAUCUCGUGCGAGAAGUGCUCAAUCUUAGGGGAAACAAAAUCAGUGGUGUUAUCCCUGAUCAAUUUUCUAGACUUACUGGUGAUGAAUGUUGGAAACAACAACCUUGA